AUGGCCAAUGGACUGUUGACAUUCAGGGAUGUGGCCAUAGAGUUCUCUCAGGAGGAGUGGGCAUGCCUGGACCCUGCUCAGAGGACUCUGUACAGGGACGUGAUGUUGGAGAACUACAGGAAUCUGGUCUCCCUUGGAGAGAAAUCUUACAGAUGUAAUGUUUGUGGCAAAGCCUUUAACUUUGGCUCAAACUUGACUAGACAUCAGAGAAUCCAUACUGGUGAAAAACCAUAUGAAUGCAACAUAUGUGGCAAGAUAUUCAGUCGACACUCAGGGCUUACAACUCAUCAUAGAAUUCAUAGUGGAGAGAGACCUUACAAAUGUAUUGAAUGUGGUGAUAUUUUUACCCAAAGAUCAAAACUAGUAGAACAUCAGAGAAUCCACACUGGUGAGAAACCAUAUAAAUGUAAUGUAUGUGGCAAGGUCUUUACUCGAAAUUCAGGCCUUAUAACUCAUCAGAGAAUUCAUACAGGAGAGAGACCUUUCAAGUGUAUUGAAUGUGGGAAGGCAUUUAUCCGAAGAACAAAACUUGUGGAACAUCGAAGAAUUCAUACUGGAGAGAAGCCUUACAAAUGUAAUGAGUGUGGGAAGGCUUUUACCCAAAGAGCAAACCUCAUAGACCAUCAGAGAAUUCAUUUGCUGCAGAGACCUUACAAAUGUCAUGAGUGUGGCAAGGAAUUUAGUCGCCCUUCAGGCCUUACAGCUCACCAGAGAAUUCAUACUGGAGAGAGACCUUACAAAUGUAUUGAAUGUGGUAAGGCAUUUAUCCGAAGUACAAAACUUGUGGAACAUCACAGAAUUCAUUCUGGAGAAAAACCUUAUAAAUGUAAUGAAUGUGGAAAGGCUUUUACCCAAAGAGCAAACCUUAUAGAACAUCAGAGAAUCCAUACUGGGAAGAAACCAUAUAACUAUAAUAUAUGUGGCAUAGACUUUAAUUGGAAUUCAUACCUUAUAAUUCAUAUGAGAAUCCAUACAACAGAGAAACCUUAA